AUGGGCGGUAGACUGGAAAGCAUUUCGAUCCCAUUCUGCCGAGACGGAUUAAUCAUUGUGAUUAUUAAUCAGCGCGCCAGUGCACAAUAUGACGGAAUAUAAGCUCGUUGUCGUCGGUGCCGGAGAAGUUGGCAAAACUGCCGUGACUAUACAACUAAUUCAAAACCAUUUCGCGGAAGAAUACGAUCCAACCAUAGGAGAUGAGUAUCACCAGCGAGUGGUGAUUGAUGGAGAAACCUGCUUGCUGGAUAUCGUGGACACGGCUGGCCAAGAGAAAUGCAAAAGUGCGGAGCUUGUAGAACAGUACAUGCGGACCGGCGACGGCUUUCUGCUGGUAUUCGCCCUCAACGACCCCAUAUCAUUCGAAGACAUCUCAGCGUACCGCGAGCAGAUUCGGCGCGUGAAACAUUCGGAUACCAUCCCCAUGGUACUGGUCGGGAAUAAACGCGACUUAUUGGCAAGGAAUGUGAAAUCUCAGCACGCCAGCGAUUUAGCUCGCAGUUACGGGAUCCCUUUUAUUGAAACUUCGGCUAAAACGAGAGCGGGCGUUGCUGAGGCCUUCUACACGCUCGUGAAGGAGAUACGGAACGCGCCUAAGCGGGAUAUCAAGCGUAAAAAGGGUAAGGAGGCAUCCAAGCCACAGAAGCGUGAUGGAGGCACUGCGUGCUGCUCGAUUGUCUGAAUUUUAUUUGAGCUGUGAAGUGUGAACUGGCCUGGGUUUCCUUGGAUUUUCAUGUUUUUAUCAUUUACUGCACGGGCCUGAAUUGCUCUUUGUAUAUUGUAAAUCUUUUACUAUGCGUAAGCAAUUUUCUGAUAAAUAGGAAUAUGUCAGACACGGGUCGUACCAAAAGAAAGCAAGAUCAUCUUGUGCUGGAAAAUACGGAAGUUUUUUUAAUUACAAAGUGUAAAACUCGUAUCAUUGUAUUUGUCGAAUAUGAAACACGCGUAAUGCAGUCGAAAAUACAGUAAGUACACAGACAUUACAGAUACUUUCAUGGCAUUAAUGUACGCAUGCUAAAGCAAAAUAUGAGUACAGAAAUUAUAAUAUUUGUAGUAGUACAGUACAACAAAACGAUGAAAUCAAACAUCCCCGGCAUUCUUAGAGUUGCUACUGCGGGUAAAUUUAGACCGU